UGGAAGACCUGCUUCAUCGACUAAGACAGACAGGUGCAGUUAGUGUUCUGCAUGACAACGCAGGCUUUGUAUCUAAAAUUAUUUUCGCUCGCAAUGAUAUGAUAGACUUGUAUCAUAAGUUUCCAGAAGUAGUUGGAAUUGAUUGUACCUAUAAAACGAAUAAGAUGGGAUGGCCUUUAUAUCAGUUUGUUGUGACUGAUGGAUUCGGAAGAGGAAGGACUGUUUUGUUUGCUCUGACUAGGAGAGAAAAGUUUGCAGAUAUCAAGGAGAUAUUGCAGACAUUUAAGAGAUUUAUGACUGAUACAUCAAAAACACUAACAUUCACUGUCGACUGUGCAACUGCACAGAUUAACGCUUUAAAGGAGGAAUUCCCUAGGUGCAGUAUUGUUUUAUGUCUUUUCCAUGUAUGCCAGGCAUUCCGAAGGAAGUUCCCAAAUAAACUUGUUAAAAAGUGGUUGUAUCGAAUGGCGCACACGCGCAGUUAUGACAGGUUUUGGACUUAUCUAAAUAUCAUUAGUGUUAUAGACGCUGAGGCUGGUGCUUACAUUAGAAGGUACUGGCUAAGAACAAGGAAAUAUUGGGCUGCAUCGUGCAACCGGUUCGCCAUCACCAUGGGGAACAACACUAACAACAGAGUUGAGAAUGCUCACAGACAGCUGAAGAGAUAUUUACGUAAAGGGGAUCCGCUGGAACUGACUUUAUGGAAAAUAUGGAAGUGGAUUGACCAUACAACGAUGCGUAAAAUACGUCAGGGCCAGUGGAUGCUUUGUAAAUACUACAAUUACGAUGUACAUACUUCCCUGCAGCCCAUAUUACGGCGUCUCACACCCUUUGCUGCCAAGAAAGUUUUCUUAGACUUGCAAAGGCGAUCCUUCUUCUUUCAUUCAAUAUCUCCCACUUCAGUUAUGUACGCAGAAGGUGGUCACAUCUUCUUCGUAAACAGGGAUGAGGCGAAAUGCACGUGUUGGACAUACUGUGCAUACAAUUUGCCAUGUGCUCAUGUCGUUGAGGCUUUCUUAAAUUCAUAUCUAACCUGUGGUAAGUUCUAUUUCCUUAAUUGUUACUCUUAGAUAUUCUGAGAAAUAGUGACAGGUGGACACGUCAGUAUAACACCACGGAGGACAUUCCACGAGCCAUCCGCCUAACACCGGAACCGAACAACGCCUUCAGAAAUGCUUAUGAACGUUUAAGACGUCGUCUCAACAUUCUGAACCAAAGAAAUCCGGAUGCUGCACUGCGGGAAGUAGCAGAGUUCACAAGAAGGUUGGACACUUUGCUAGCAAAUGAACCGCAAACAACUUUGAGAUUACGACGUGCCCCUGUUAAUCGAUCAUUUUUGUGAAAAUAUUUGCAUUACCUUAUUGUUUCCAUUUGUAUUCACAAUAUAAACAUCUAUGUCUAAACUGUGUUACACUUCCUUUCCCUUCAAAUGCCUGAGACCGACAGUUUAAAGCAUACUUUGGUUGAUUGUUUCCUGAUGAGAGCGCUUGGCAAGUCAGUUACAAAUUACACCGAUCUGUGCC